UCUCCUUCCCCCUCGUUCCCUCCCUCCGUCCCUCCCCGUUCCCGCCCCUCUCUCUGUGUCUCUCCCUCCCUCCCGUCCUUGAGCGCGGGGUCACAGCGGCCUCCUCAUCCUCUGCUCUUCCUCUGCGCCCUCCUCUUCCUCCCCGCCGCCGUUACCGGCCCGCUCGGCCCGGGGCUCCAGUUCCAGGUUUCCAGCCUUACCUGGCAGCAGCGAAGGAGUUUGGCCCCUGCUGGGGUACAAGAGCCAGUCUAAAUGAAUGUAUAACCUGAACACUGCUACAGAUGUUGCUGGGAAGGACCAAAAACGUGCUGUGAUGACAUCCUUUGGGAGUGUUCCAGGUUGUACAUGUUGAGGCAUUGGGAUCUGUGGGAUCUGUGGGAUCUGUGGGAGUGGGAAAUUCAGAUAAUGCUGAAUGCUGUUUAUAAUGUAGCUGCACCUGAAGAAAUCCCCAGUGUCUCUGUGCCAUGCUGACCAACACCAUGGGGCACCGUUUCCUGGGACAGGGAGCCAUGAUCCCGAGGAAGCUGAAGCCGUUUCUCUGCAGGAUGUUGUCGGGUUACAAACCCAAAGGCGACGUCAAGGACUCUUACAAAAUCCUGGAGCUCGAGGAAGGCUGUUCCCUCGACGAGGUGAGGAACUCGUACCGAACCCUCGCCAAAAAGUACCACCCCGACAGCAGCUCCAGCACGGCCGACCCCGCCACCUUCAUCAGGGUGGAGGAGGCCUACAGGGUCGUGCUCAACGACGUGGCAGCCAAGCAGAAACCCGGCGAGAGCAGCGAAGAGGAGGAAGACCAGUUCAAAUCCAAGUCCCUACAGCACAGGCACUACUUGAGCUUUGAGGGCGUCGGCAUCGGAACGCCGAGCCAGAGGGAGAAGCAGUACAUGCAGUUCCGAGUGGACCGCGCCACGGAGCAGGUGUUGGAGUACAGGCAGAACAGGCUCGGGAGCAGCUACCCCGAGACCGACCUGAUGAGAGCCAAAGAUGUGAGGGAGAGCAAGAAGGUGAAAAUAACUCAAGCGGUGGAACGGCUGGUGGAGGACCUCAUCCAGGAAUCCAUGGCCAAGGGAGACUUCGACAACCUCAGGGGCAAAGGGAAACCUCUGCAGAAGUUCUCGGACUGUCCCCACAUCGACCCCAUGACCCACAACCUCAACAGGAUCCUGAUUGACAACGGGUACCAGCCCGAGUGGAUCCUGCUGCAGAAGGAGAUCCGGGAAACCAUCGAGCGGCUGAGGGAGAGCGUGGUGGCCUCGAGGAGGAAGCUGGGAGAGCCCAUGACCCCGCUGGAGCAGAAGCAGUGGAGUCGGGUCUGCGAGCAGUUCAUGGAAGACAUCAGGAAACUGAACAAGAGAGUCGACAACUUCAAUCUGGUCGUUCCCAUCAUGAGCAGGCAGAUGGUGCAUUUCAGCCCAGAGAAGGAAAUCGUUCGAGCACAAAAGACUUAUGAGGCUCUGGUGGAAAAGGUUUCACAUGCAGACACAAAGGAAAGCCAAGGGGAAGAUGGUAAAAGGUUUGGGUGGAGGUCUUCUCUGUUUAAGUGGUUAAACUUUACACUGAAAUAAUUUAAUACUAAUUCCUGUCUCUUGUGAAGAUUUUGAAUGCACUUUAUUAAUGAAAUGUUGCACUACAGAAAUUUCGGGUACACUGAAAAUGUCAAAUCCACACUGUUACAGCAGUUAAAAGAAAUUUGGUUGUCGGAUGGGCAUUUGCAUUACAAAUAAUGAAUUUAUUUUUAAAUAUUAUUAAAAGAAAUGUGCCAGUU